CCGGGGCGGAAUCCUCCGCAAACCUUGUCCUCAAAAGAAACAAUCUUUCAAAACUAUCUGCUUUCUCUUACGGAAUUCUCAUUGGACUGUUAUUCAAUCAAUUGCUGCAUUGGAAUUUAUUCCCGUCUGCCUUUUGUGUCCUUUUUUUUCAAAGACUGACCUCCAUCAUUGAAGGGCCCUUAUAAACAUCUGCACACACACACACAAAAAGAGGAAGAAAUUAUGUCGUCGAAACAGUGUCCAGUUGCGUUCCAGUUUACUAGCAGCUAGUGGCCAUUCGAAGGGGAGGCGAAAAGAUGGGGCUGAUCUUUUCUUAUUUAUUUAUUUUAUUUUUUAACUGCAACAGUAAAGCAACAGGGAAAUAAAUAACUUUGGACAGCAGAUUGAUCGUCAGCUUGUAACGCAGAGAACACUCUCUUGUGUUGUGUAUGUGCAGUGGCUGAUGAAACGUUUCGCAGAAACGGAGCCGUUCAGGCACCGCAUCCGAGUUAUCGAUCCAGCCUAGUAAAGCAGUCAACUUCUUUCCUCCUUUUUUUUUUCUUUUCUUUCAUACAUAUUUCAAGUCUGCACUGCAAUUGAAGAAGAAAACAGGAACAGUGGGUGGAAAGAAAACAAAUUCUGUUUGGAUCCGGUGUGUGUGUGUGCGUGUGUUGUGUUGUGUUUGGUGAGGUGUGUAUGUGUCUGUUUGGAAAUAUCGCGCAAGAUUUCGAGGUGCUGUUGCGGCGCAGGACGGGACGAAGAACCUUUAAAAUGGCCAACCAUUGCGACCAGGGCAACAACAACUGGCCAAUGUUGUUGUUGACAUUGUUGCUGUGCUGGCCAGUUUGGGCCUCUUCGGCCGUCUCUUUAGCGUCGUCGUCUUUCCUGGCGCCCUCCGAGGUCAACACUUGCGACAUCUCGGAAUUCCGGUGCCCGAGCAAAGACGGACAAGGAACACUUUGUUUGCCGAUGGAUCGCUGGUGCAACGGCAAGGACGAAUGCGACAACCGCGUCGACGAACCUCGAUCCUGCACCAUUUGCAACCGGACAUAUUACGCGCGGCUGGGAUCAACAUAUCGACUAAGUCUCGUCCGCCCCAGAAUGUCCGGCACGACUCAGAUUCUUCCGUGGCAUUGCUGGUUUAAUUUUACCGCUCUCGGUGGUCAUCACGGCGAUCGAGUUCUCGUUGGGAUGGAAGCGUUUUCCGUGGGCCAAUUGCAUCGAUCGGAGAACGGCAGUUUGUGUUUGGGCGGCCAAGUUGUGCAACGAGACGCUUCGUCAACUCCGGCCGAUGUGGAUGUUGUUCACGGUGGCGAUCAAGUCAUCACCGGAGCCUGGUGCGGAGAAGGAUGGGGUCAGCCGAUAACGACAAGCGCCGGUAAAUGGCUCCAACUGAUGCUGACCAUCAGCGACGUCGUGGAUUUGAGUCGCUUCCGUUUCGAUCUGACGUACAGGGUCGUCCGCUCCGACGUCGGUAACCUCUCACCUUCGACGUCAGCCGUCAGCGCGGCUGGUGGUAAUAACGGCAGCGGAGGAGGAGGAGCAGCCAUCCUCUGGUACGGCGAUCCCGUGCCGGGCACCCUCUGUUCCCGCAACUUGCACAGCUGCGAUCAAAGGACCUGCAUUCUACAAUCACCCAACUUUCCCGGCCUUUAUCCGAGAAAUGUGACUUGCUACUACUACAUCCGGCAAGCGUGGUCGCCCAAGAACCAGACGAUCCUUCUAUCGCUGGUCCAAACGGAGCCGGGCCAGUCCUUCUCCGUGCGCACUUCAGACGCCGGUGAAAAGGAGCGUAAGAUGAUGAGCGGUCGUGAUUGCCGACCGCACGUCGACGACACCGUCUCCAUCUACAACGGAGCCACAAUCGAGUCGCCGCUCUUGGCCCGUCUCUGCGGCACGGGCAAUAUGCCGCACAUCACCGGCGCCGGUGGAGAGCUCCUCGUCGUCUUCCGCAGUCAACCGCACGACGCUCCUUUCAAUCCGGCGCCGAUCGGCGCCAGCCCGGGAUUCCGAUUGACGGCCAGGGUCCGUUUCGCUCCCAUCAGCCAGGUGCGCCAUUACCACCCGGAAUGCCGGCUGGCCGUCGCCAGUUCGGGAUCCAACAGCCGGCGGAGUCAGCGGCAGGGCAUCAUCCGCAGUCCGGAUGUGACUCUGGCGCCCAACACGACUUGCGCCUACGAGUUCACCGGGCGGGAAGACCAAAGAGUGUGGAUGACCUUCCUCUCGUACCGACUCGAAGGCAGCGAAGAUGGCGACUGCCUGACGCUGACAGACGGACAGGAAUUAGUGUUCCGCCAGUGCGGAGCUGACAUCCAGCCGCGCAUUUGCCCACACGCGCUGGUCCAUGCCAAUGCAUCGACAGCUUAUAAACCUUGCCGCUGGCAAGAUGGCGAGAGUUACCUGUCGCGAAGUCCUCGCUUCACCAUCCGGCAAGACUUGGCCACCGGAACGGCCAUCCAUCCGUGGAGUUUCGUCAUCCGCUACGAGUUCAUUACAGUCGACCGGUUCACAUCGAAGCAGCCGCUCGUUGGCAAAGACGUCUCGCCAGCCGAAUGGCCGGAAGCGACGUCGACGACGCCCGGAGAUGACGACGACCAGCUUUUAGCGUCGCAGUUGAUGACUCCCGAUUGCUUCCAGCUGCUGGAAAGCGCCAAAGGAAAUGGCAGCAUUUCUUCCCCACGCAAUCCGUUGCUGUACGGACGUGGAGGCAGCCGCCACCUACGCUGCCUCUAUCGCUUUCAGGCCGGCAAAGGUGAACACACUCAUCUGACGAUCAACCCGUUCCACUCGACGGGCUGCGCCCGCUUCAAUCAGAGCGGCUGCCAGGCGUGCCUUAGCGUGGACGAGGUCUUCUGGGGUGGCCGGGUCCGUCGACGCUCCUACCACACGUGCCGCUCCUUGUCCGGCAACAAUCCGGUCGUCCUCCAGAGCGCCGCCUCUUCCCUGGAACUGAUUUUCGAGGUCCGCGACAUGAACUGGGCCCAGGACGACGAUCACUUCUACUUCGUGGCCGAAUAUUCCUUCUCGGGCGGCAUCGAUCCGCUCUGCUGGGACACGCAUCAGCAGUCGGGCAAACGCGGGACCCUCCGCAUUGAUCCCCGCGAUCGCUGCGUCCGGCACAGCAUCCCGUGGCACAUACAGGCGCCGCGCGGCGGCUACACCAUCCUCGUCUUCCCGGCUGGCCAGGCGGCCAUCACCAACAACGCGGAAGAGUGUCUGACUAAUAAUCGGCUGUUCAUCUACUCCAUCACCGAGGGGAAAACUCAAUUGUACCGCGAGGUUUGCCUGAUGGCCGGCAAUAGUUUGCUAAGUAGUUCCGACAAGGCGUUCCAGCAGCCGCUCAAUCUCUACUCGGCCGGAUGGGCAGAACGUAAUUGGAUGUCCGAUGGGCUCUUAGUCGUCGCUUCAUUACAGGGAAUCCCCAUCGCUGAUGAAACUCCGCUCAUCGUCACUUGGCUCUCCGUCUACAAGGAUGUCGGCAGCAAGUCGCUGUCUUUCGCUGCCCGUCAGUCUGCUCAUGGGAAUGCUAGUCAAAUGGUCUGCCGCACAGGGUGUCCAGCUUUGGGGGCUUGUUUGAGCUCCGAUCUUUGGUGCGAUGAUCGAGAAGAUUGUCCUGAUGGAUCGGAUGAACAGCAAUGCAUCCGGCUCGUUUUCUGGCCGCUCUACGUUGGACUGGUCGUCAUUUUACUGUCACUGACAACCGGCCUCGUGGCCGCCUUUCUUGUGCGUCGCUAUUAUCAUUCGCGACGGUACACUGCUAAUGGACGGCCGUACAAGCCACGCCCAAAAGAGAACAAGAAGGCCAAAUUCAGUUCGGUUACCGUCAGCCUUACCCGACACUACGAGAAAGCCGGCCCAGGAUCCUGACAUCCGAUCACCCAACCGGACACGCCACACUGGGCUACCGAAACCCUGUGCGUCGACGAUUGGGUUACAAGCGUCUGAUUGUAUUAUUGUCUAUCCUUUUUUUUCAAUAUUUAUUAAUUAAAUUUUCUUUGUUGUUUUUUCUUUUUGGAAGGCCGUGUAUAAAAAAAAAGACAAAAAUCUCAAAACUGUUGGCUGUGUGACUGUGUGUACGUGUAAACUCUUUUUUAUGGCCGAGGAUGUUCAUUGUUCUCUCAGUCCUGAGAUUUCAACUCUUCCGAUCUCUUCUCUUUUUUGAUCAAUUUUUAUGAUUAAAAAAAAAACAACAACUGCAAAGUGAUGAUUGACGGCGUGACCGAUAUGUCUUCCAUCACUUGGUAGCUCAUUUGAUGUCAUGUUUCUUUCUGUUUUCAUUUCAUAUAUUCAUUGUCUCUCAUAUCCAAAGCCUACAUCUGCGUCGACUAGUCGAAUUCGUUUCAUUUCUCCUCGUGUCGAAACAGUUUUGAACAGAUUAUCAAAAGUCACGUUACGACGAUAGUUUAAAAUAUCAGAAAAUAACCAAAAGAAAAAGCCAAAAAAUAAAAAUAAA